ACGAAUAAAUUACUCACAAAGAAAUUCAUACAAUUCACGAGUUGAAGCUGCGGUUAUAUCAUAUAAUUCAAGUGGACAAUUUCUUCGUUUAAUGCAUAAAAAUAUACAAAAUGAUAUAAGCCCAGGUAUAAUAGGAAAGAAAUUCCUUACAUCCAAUAAAAAAAAAAGAAACCAAUCUAAAAAACGUCUUUUUCCUACAAGUAUACAGAAAAAGAGUAAUGUUGGCCCGGAUCAACAUUAUGGUUUAGCCGAACCAUUACCCGAAGAAGAUAAUAUUUCAAAAGAAGAGUUACAAAAAAUAAAAGAUGAUUUUAUCAAUUCACUACGAUUAGAUAGAAACGGGCGCUUGGAUAUUGAAAAGAAAACUAGAGAACAAGCUAAUUCUCAAAUUUGGCAUGCUGAACGAAGGAAUAGACUUACAACAUCAAAUUUUGGCCGUGUUUGUAAACUACGACCAACUACGUCUUGUAAAAUUUCUGUUUACGAUAUAUUAUAUAGGACAUUUUUUUCGAAGGCAACUGAUUAUGGUAAAGCCACCGAACCAGAAGCUAUCGUCGCAUUGGAAAAUAUUUUAAAAUGCAAAAUCCAUCCGUGUGGGCUUAUCAUCGAUGAACAAUUUCCUUACCUAGCAACAACUCCAGACGGUAUUAUCAAUGACGAUUUUUUAGUUGAAAUUAAAUGCCCGUUCGCAGUCAGAGAUACGUUGACAUUUUCGGAAGCGAUAAACAGUAAAAAAUUAUUAUUCUGUCGACUCGAUGACAAUGGAAAAAUGCAGCUAAAAGUUGAUCAUAAUUAUUAUUAUCAAGUUCAGGGACAAAUGCAUAUUUCCAAACGAAGAUUUUGUUAUUUCUUCGUUUAUUCAAAAAAUUGGACAGAAGUACAAAUAAUAAAUUAUGAUGUUUGCUUUUGGAAUACAAAAAUGGUUGAUAAAUUAAAACUAUUUUACAUGGAAUGUUUACUACCAGAAAUAGUGAAUCCUCAGUAUGGAAAACGAUUACAAAUAGAUGACAUAAAAGAUCCAGAACACAUUUUGGAAAACAUAAAAACAAAAAACAAAACUAAAAUAAAUUUGAAACUAAAUUAUAAAUGAUUUAAUAUUAGAACCCAUGUUUAUAGUAUACAUAUUUCUAUACAUAUAUAUAUAUAUACCGUAUCCAAAUAUUUUAAUAAAUUAUUUAUUACGAAAUA